GGGGACGGCCGGGCGGCGGCGGCGGCCGGAGCCGGCCCCGGCAGGCGUGAGCGCCGGAGAGCGCGCUGCCUGCAUGCGCGCAGCUCUCGCCCCAGGCGGCCCAGGCUGCAGCGCGAGAGCCAGAGACGGCGGGACGCCUAGAGAAGCGCGGAACCCGGGAGGCGGCCCGCGUCCCCGCCGGACCCUCGUGACUGUCUAGAGCCUGGCCGCGCUGCGAAGUCGAGGACUUGGCUCUGCCGCAUCUCCGGCGUCUGGGCGAGCGGGGCUGCUCGUGGUGUUUCAAACCCGGUUCGUGGAUUCAAACGUGGCUCCACGCCGAGCACGGCCGGCGACUUAUAGGACCCCAGCCCUGGCCGUGGCCGCCGCGCACGCCCUCGGAAGACUCGGCGGGGUGGGGGCGCGGGGGUCCCCGUGUGCGCCGCGGGAGGGCAGAAGACUGAUUUGGAAGGGCGUCCCCGGAGCAUCAGUCCGGGAUUUACUGUGAACAGCAUGGAGGAAAAUGACCCCAAGCCCGGCGAAGCGGCGGCGGCGGCGGCGGAGGGACAGCGGCAGCCGGAAUCCAGCCCCGGCGGCGGCAGCAGCAGCCCGGGAGAAGCGGACACCGGGCACCGGCGAGCUCUGAUGCUGCCCGCGGUCCUGCAGGCGCCCGGCAACCACCAGCACCCGCACCGCAUCACCAACUUCUUCAUCGACAACAUCCUACGGCCAGAGUUCGGCCGGCGCAAGGACGCGGGGACCUGCUGUGCGGGCGCGGGAGGAGGAAGGAGCGGCGGAGCCGGCGGUGAAGGCAGCGUGAGCGGUGCGGAGGGAAGUGGCGGCACGGGCGGCUCGGAGCAGCUCUUGGGGUCUGGCUCCCGAGAGCCCCGGCAGAACCCGUCGUGUGCUCCCGGCGCGGGCGGGCAGCUACCCGCCGCCGGCAGCGACUCUCCGGGGGACGGGGAAGGCGGCUCCAAGACGCUGUCGCUGCUUGGUGGCGCCAAGAAAGGCGGCGACCCUGGCGGCCCCCUGGACGGAGCGCUCAAGGCCCGCGGCUUGGGCGGCGGCGACCUGUCGGUGAGCUCGGACUCGGACAGCUCGCAAGCCGGCGCCACCCUAGGCGCGCAGCCCAUGCUCUGGCCCGCCUGGGUCUACUGUACGCGCUACUCGGACCGGCCUUCUUCAGGUCCCAGGUCUCGAAAACCAAAGAAGAAGAACCCGAACAAAGAGGACAAGCGGCCGCGCACGGCCUUCACGGCCGAGCAGCUGCAGAGGCUCAAGGCUGAGUUUCAGACCAACAGGUACCUGACAGAGCAGCGGCGCCAGAGCCUGGCACAGGAGCUCAGCCUCAAUGAGUCCCAGAUCAAGAUCUGGUUCCAGAACAAGCGCGCCAAGAUCAAGAAGGCCACGGGCAACAAGAACACGCUGGCCGUGCACCUCAUGGCACAGGGCCUGUACAAUCACUCCACCACGGCCAAGGAGGGCAAGUCGGACAGCGAGUAGGGCGGGGGUGGAGGCCAGGUCUCAGUCCGCGCGAAACAAUGCAAUAAUUUAAAAUCACAAAGGGCCAGUGUAUAAAGAUUAUACCAGCAUUAACAGUGAAAAUAUCGUGUAUUAGCUAAGGUUCUGCAAUAUUAUAUGUGUAUAUAAUUUACAGGUGGUAUAAAAUCCAAAAUAUCUGACUAUAAAGUAUUUUUUGAGUUUUUUUGUGUUUAUGAGAUUAUGCUAAUUUUAUGGGUUUUUUUUUCUUUUUUUCGAAGGGGGCUGCUUAGGGUUUCAUCUUUUUUUAAUCCCCUAAGCUCCAUUAUAUGACAUUGGACACUUUUUUAUUAUUUCAAAAGAAAAAAAUUAAAACAACUUGCUGAAGUCCAAAGAUUUUUUAUUGCUGCAUUUCACACGACUGUGAACCGAAUAAAUAGCUCCUAUUUGGUCUAUGACUUCUGCCACUUUGUUUGUGUUGGCUUGGUGAGGACAGCAGGAGGGCGCACCUCAAGGCCUUGGGGAGCUCAGGGGACCUGGCGAGGGAGAGGAGACUUCAGGGUCCUUGGGCCAGUUCUGGGGUUUGGCCCUGGGAAGCCACCCAGCAUAUCCCAGGCCUGCCCUGGGAAGUUGGCUCCAUGCUCCCAGCAGCUGCCCAGGCCCGAAGCCUCACCCAGCUCCCUCUCCUCACCCUCCUGCCAUCCUUCUCCCUCUCAUCCUCCUCCUUCUCCCUCCUCCUCCUCCUUCCUCCUGCUCCCUCCUCUUCCUCCUUCCUCCUCCUCCCACCUGCUUUCUCCUACUCCUCUCUCAUCCUCCUUCCUCCUCUCUCCUGCUCCUCCCUCAUCCUCCUCUCUCCUGCUCCUCCCUCAUCCUCCUCUCUCCUGCUCCUCCCUCAUCCUCCUCUCUCCUGCUCCUCCCUCCUACUCCUUCCUCCUCCUUCUCCCUCCUCCUUCCUCCUCCUCCCUCCUCUCUCCUCCUCCUCCCUCCUCCUCCCUCCUCUCCUCCUCCUCCUCUCUCCUCCUCCUCUCUCCUCCUCCUCCUCUCUCCUCCUCCCUCCUCCUCCCUCAUCCUCCUUCCUCCUCCUCCCUCCUCCUCCCUCCUCUCUCCUCCUCCUCUCUCCUCUCUCCUCCUCCUCCUUCCUCCUCCCUCCUCCUCCUUCUUCCUCCCUCCUCCUCCUUCCUCCUCCCUCCUGCUCCCCUUUUUUCCUUCUCCCUCCUCCUCCCUCCUGCUCCCUUUUUCCUUCUUCUUCUCCUCUUACUCCUCCCUCCUGCUCCCUUUUUCCUUCUUCUCCUCCUCCUCCUACUCCCUCCCUCUCUCCUCCUCUUCCCUCCCCCUCCUCUUUUCUCCUCCUCUUCACCAAGGCUCAACCCUGUGCAUACAGCGUCUGCGUCUGCGUCUGUGGUCUGUGUCACUGUCCCCAGUCCUGCUGCAGCCCUGCCACAGGCCUAACCCUCCUGUCCUGGGCACUGCCUCCAUGCAGAAGCGCUUCAAGGUUCUGGGCUAAAGGUCUCAGGUGUGUGGCCCAAAGCCUAAGAGCAGUGGGGCGACCCUCCUCCUGGCUUGGCCCUGGGAAUUUCUGAGGCUCCAUCAGCCACCCUGGGUGCCAGCCAGGGUCUAAGAAAUGAGACCAUGGCUCACUGCUUCUGGGCGGGCAGAAGGCUCUGUAGAGGGAGAUGGCAUCAUCUUCCUUUCCUUUUUCUUUUCUUCCCUAUCUUUUCUUUUUUUAUUUUUUUCUUGGAGUGGCUGCUUCUGCUAUAGAGAACAUUCUUCCAAGAUACAUAUGUGUGUUUACACAUGUCUGCACGCAUGUAAACACACACACCAGGCGUGUAUGAGUCCAGAGUUCUGGAACAUGUGGCUACCUUGUCUUUCAAAAGAACUCAGAAUCCUCCAGGAUCUAGAGGAAGGAAGAACAAGUGUAAAUAAUCAUUUCCUACCACUUUUUGUCUUUUCUUGUUUUUUAAAAUAUACAUUUUAUUUUUGAAGGUGUGGUACAGUGUAAAUUAAAUAUAUUCACUAUAUUUCCCACCAAGUACAUAUAUAUAUAUAUAAACAAACGCAUUAUCUAUAUAUAACGCCACACUGUCUUCUGUUUAGUGUCUGGGGAAAGACCAGUCCACAUGUCCAUCUGUGGCUGGGACGGCCCGGGGGCUGUGCCCACAGCUGAGCUGGGAGCCGUGGUCUCCCUGAGGACUGAGGGUGAACUUCCCUCUUUGCCUUAAACCUCUUUAUUUCAUUGCAGUAACAGUUUUACUUUGUACAUAAUAAUGUAAACCUUUUUAAAAAGGAAACUAUAAAAACAAAAGUUGUAAUUUAAAAGUCUGUGAAUAACCGUCUGCUGCUUAGGAAACUCGGUGAAAUGACAUGCCUUUUAGCAGGAAGCAAAGUUGGUUUCUGUUUUUUGUUUUCUUUUGUUGUUUCAGUUUAUAAAACAUGUGCAUUUUACAGUUCCAGUAUCAAAUAUUUAUAAUCUUAUGAGAAAUGAAUGAAUGUUUCUAUUUACAACUGUGGUUAUCAAAAUUGUGAACACCCCUCCCCACAUUUUUGUGUGUUUAAAUUCUUGAAGGUUACAUUAAAUAAAACAAAACCUCUUUAUUAUAAAAUA